GACGGACACUGCUCGGCUGCGAGAGGCGAAGGCAAUUGGAGCCUCCAGACAGCGGGGAAAUUUCUGGGCAAGCCUGUCGCUGACUCGGACAGCCAGCCACCUCGCUGCCGCCCGCCCAGGCUAAGCUAGCGCCGUCAGACCCCUGCCACGGCUACCCGUGGAGCGCACUGGACCCCCGGGCAGGGAUCCAAUUCCUUUCCCGCUUAGGUUCUGAAGCUUAAAAGCCAGGGCACCCAACCCCUCAACGCAAGCGCCGCAUCGCUCCGCAGCUGGGCCGGUUGCGGCCGUACGGGAACGACUUACUUCUGCGAUUUUGUUUUUCCAAAGGCCGCACGAACUUGCCUGGCUUUGACAGCUUUCGCAACCGCAGCGCACUGGAGGAAGCAUGUCGUUAAAACAGGAAAUCGAGACUUGGGUCGAGGCCCUCAAGUACUACGACAACAAUGAAUUCGACGAGGCGCUGAAGACCUUCGACAAGAUUUCAGACACGUCCAAGAUCCUGUUCAACAUGGGCGUCAUCAACGCGACGCUCGGUCAGCACGAGCAGGCGGUCGAGUGCUAUCAGCGCGCGAUCAAGCUUGACCAGUACCUGGCCGUGGCGUACUUCCAGCAAGGCGUGUCGAACUUCCUGCUCGGCGACUUCGAGGAGGCUCUCGCGAACUUCAACGACACGCUCCUCUACCUGCGCGGGAACACCUUGAUCGACUAUUCGCAGCUGGGCCUGCUGUUCAAGCUGUACUCGUGCGAGGUCUUGUUCAACCGCGGUCUGUGCUACAUCUACCUCGAGCAGAUGGACGCCGGUAUGCAGGAUCUACAGUACGCCGUCAAGGAGAAGGUGGUCGAGGACCACAAUGUGAUCGACGACGCGAUCCGGGACGAAGCCAAGGGCUACACCGUCUUUUCCAUCCCCGUCGGCGUCGUCUACCGACCAAACGAGGCAAAGGUGCGGAAUCUGCAACAGAAAGACUAUCUCGGAAAGGCGCGACUGGUUGCUGCGUCAGACCGCAGCAAUGCCUUCACGGGCUUCGCCGGUACCGAGUUGAACAAAGGGCUGGCUGCUGUUGAGGCCAAGGACGACAGGCCAGCCGAAUCCCUUUCCUUCGCCGCCACCAACCUCGUCAAGCCUGGCCUCCAGAGCAGAAGGCAACAAUCCGAGCCGCCGGCCAACCGCAACGUCUUCCCGCCUACCCCGCCCCCCGAGAACGACAAAUCAACGCAGAUGAGCCGCGGCGCGUCCGUGCGCAACGGGCCCAAGCCGAUCCCGAGUAGGCUCAAUCUCGACAGAGUGAGGUCGAAUGAGCGCUACGAGAGGACGUCGCCCGAGGACGGGCCACGACCGCGGCCUGCUCGUUCCGCCUCGGCCGCCGCUCCGUCACGCGGCUUCUCUCAACGCGAGCCCCCGAGGAGAAGGAGAGAUGAGGAGGAGGACGCCUACCCGGAUGAUGUCUACGACAUGUACGGAGUCGGCGGAUCCCGAAGCAGCAGGUCGCAGAGAGGCGGUGGCGGCCGGACACGAGACCGAUACAUCGAGGAGGAAGACGAAGAAGGCAGCGACUACGACGACGACGCGUCGUUCGACGAGGGCGAAUUCGAGAUAGUCUCGAACCGCCGGCAGGGCCCGGGUUCUGUCAUGUCCGGCGGGUCGAGGAGGGGUUCCUCAAGGCGAGACGUUCUCCGCACCGUCCGCGUCAAGGUACAUGCCGGUGACGUGCGCUACAUUGUGGUCGGCCCCGCGAUCGAGUUCCCCGAUCUCGUGGAUCGGAUCCAAGAAAAGUUUGGCCUGCGUCGGCGGUUCAAGAUCAAGGUCAAGGACGACGACUCGCCCGAGGGCGAGAUGAUCACAAUGGGCGACCAGGAUGAUCUCGACAUGGUCAUGAUGUCGGUCAAGCAGGCCGCGAGGAAGCAGAGGUCCGACACGGGGAAGAUGGAGGUCUGGAUUCAAGAAGUAUGAACGACGCCCGCAGGCGAGAUGCGCUUACUGUUUUAUACCCCACCCCCCCCAAACCGGCCGACACACCAGCGGCAUGCUUUUGGCUACGAAGUAAUGAUGGACGCCCACAACACCACCUCAUCGUAUAUAUGCUCAUGACUUUUUAUCCAUCCCCCCGCGAUGGCAUGUCGCUCCACCUCCUGAGGUUACUUCC